UGAUGAAGGCAUCUGCCCGAAAGGAUUGGAAUUGGGGGAGGUGGUAGAGGACGAGGAGGGGAGGAGGUUCGUAGUGUAUGAGACAGUGGAUAGUAUGAAGGAGAAUUGGCUAAAAGAAAGAACAGUAAUCCUGAUCUUUCAAGAGGAAGCAAGAAACCUCUCAAGACAGGUCAAGGAGGAUCUGAUAAGGGCGUACGAGGAUGGGUGGAUGUCGCAGCAGGAGGUAGCCGAAUGGAUGCUGAGAACAAAGGAAGCGAAGCUAAAGUUGGGAACUAAGGAGUAUCGAACGAUCUUCAAGCCUUGGAUGCCCCGUCAGGAGCUCCGGGACACGAAGCUGCAAGAAGCGGAGAAGAACUUUUGGAUUGUCGCCUUGAGAGUACAGUUAGACGCGUACUACUACCUAGGCGAAGCAGUCAGAGAGCGAAGGAAGAGGAUGGCAGAAUGGGAAGACCUACAAUUAGAGAAAGAACGAAGGUGGUCAGACUUGUUGCAGGAGAAAGGCAUCGAAGUCAACGACAAGAUGAAUAAAGAAACGUUUCAAAAGCUUCUCGCUAGGCGGUCAAUGCAGCAUAUGGUGGAACUCAGGCACCCCUUCGAGGAAGCAGCUCCUACGGCCUCCACGGCGGCAGGGAUGCUAGACUAUGCUAGACUGUAUUACGAAGAUAUUCUCACCACUCGCCGGCCACAAGACAAUGUACAUAUGGACCUGACGAGGGUUUCGAGCCUGUGGGAGGACACUAAGGGAAGAUUACCACUUUCAGCAAAGCUGGAUCUGGAUAGACCUCUCACCUUCAAGGAGACCACCCAGACACUGAAGUCCAUGGCGAAAGGCAAGGCGCCGGGUGUCGAUGGCUUGACGGCGAAAUUUUACUCCAAGUACGCUGAGGAACUCACACGGUUCACGACAGACUUAGAGUCGACCGUUCGCGACCUGAUUCGAGAGUACCGCAACGUCUUUCCCCCGUAUUUCUCAUACAGCGGGAUUCCCCCGAUGCGCGGUAUUGAGCAUUCUAUCCAGCUCGUGCCUGACUAUCGUGUUCACCAUCAGGCACCGUACCGACUCUCGAUCCCAGAGGCGACGGAACUCAAGCGUCAGCUUGAGGAGCUCCUUCGACUGGGUUUCAUUAAACCGAGUAACUCCCCUUGGGGUGCACCUGUCCUCUUUGCUCGCAAACCAGACGGAACUCUCCGCCUCUGCAUAGACUACCGCGGCCUUAACCGUUACACGGUUAAGAACAGUUAUCCCAUGCCCCGCGCGGAUGAGUUGUUCGACCGUCUGGCAGGCAACCGCUUCUUCACGAAGAUCGAUCUUCGUAGCGGUUACCACCAGAUCCGCGUUGCCACAGAGGAUCAGCCGAUGACCGCCUUCCGAUCGCGCUUCGGCCACUACGAGUUUACGGUGAUGCAAUUCGCCCUCACCAAUGCACCCGUCACCUUCCAGACGGUGAUGAACGACAUCUUCAGGGACAUCCUUGAAGAAUACGUUUUCUUAUACCUAGACGACAUCCUGGUCUACAGUCGUACCUUAGAAGACACCUCCGCGAUGUUCUACAACGCUUACGUAAGCAUGGCUUCUCUGCCAAGCUCAGACGCCUUUCGCGCCCUCAAGAAGGCGGUAACAUGUGCGCCGGCUCUUCGUCUUCCCGAUUUUGAUCGUCCCUUUAUCGUCACCACCGAUGCGUCAGACUUUGCAGUAGGAGCUGUCCUUUCUCAGGUGUUUCCCUCUCCUCCAGAUUCACCUUACCCCCAUGUUCCGCCUUUUCCCCCCCCUCCUGCUGACACUGCUUCUCGACUGACGCCUACCCUCCCACCACUUCCCUCCACUGACAGUCCUCCUGUUACUUACUCCCCGACCAUCGCGGAGGAUGGGACUGUCGAGGCUCGUGCUGGGGAUUGCCCGAUCGCUUUCUACGCCCGUCAGCUACUGCCUGCCGAGAUAAACUACACUGCCGAUAAACGUGAGGUUCUCGCAGUAGUUUAUGCUACCCGGCACUGGCGUCAUUAUCUGCACAGGGCGCCCUUCACGGUGGGCACGGACAACUCAGUUAUCCAGGCUUUCCUCACGAAGCCUAAGCUCUCCCCUCGACAGGCACGCUGGUGGCGUGACUUAUCCGAGUUCAGUUUCACCACUCAGCCCAUCAAGGGUGAAACGAACCGCGUCGCCGAUGCCUUGUCCGGCCGUCCUGAUCACAAUCAGGAACCCAUCCAUCUUGCUGCCAUCUUCAUCACCACUGUUGAUCAGUCGGUGAUCGACACGUAUUGCACUCAGUACCACCACUGCCCCGAUUAUCGCGUCAUCCACGCGACACUACGGAGUGGCAAGACCGUUCCUUCCUACUCCCUCGGGGAGAACGGCCUUGUGUACUGGCAUGGCAGAUCUGGUCAGCUAGAACCACGUAUCUGUGUUCCCUCCACCGGAUAGCUCCGCGUCCAGGCUAUAGCAGAGUUCCAUGCCGAGGCAGCUGCCGGUCAUAUGGGUUUCCACAAGACGU